UCUCGAACUUAGUGAGCGGUAACGAUGACCAAUUGAAAAGUGGGGAGGCCGCGCUGCACUUGAUCGAAGUUGAAGUUGGACUCGGAGGCGUCUCUCGAAAAUUUAUAAGCUGCACCACUUUCCGAGUCUUUCAGGGAGCUGCAAACAGUUUGCUGGACGGUUGCAAACUCAAGUUGGUCACGCAAGUCUGUUCAAUUUGUUUCUAGAGGUCUGAAGAUUCUCGUCCCUUAAAAACAGGUACGGUGUGCGAGUACAGGCAGGUUGGUUUCGUGGAGCAUUCUUUAAGUGCUUCUGCUUGCGUCCGGGCAUCCCUCCAUUCCUCUGAAGCCCCCCAGUCUUAUAUAAGAGGAAGUUUCCGUACGUCCGGCCACCAUGCAGCACGAUGAGAUCAUCUGGCAGGUCAUCAAUCAAGGGCACUGCAGCUAUAAAGCAAAAACACAACAGCAAACUUUCUGCCGAAACCCGUACAAUGUCACGGGCUUGUGCAAUCGAAGCUCUUGCCCGCUGGCCAACUCUCGGUACGCCACAAUCAGAGAGAUUGACGGUGUCCUGUACCUAUAUAUGAAGUCCAUAGAAAGGGCGCAUGCACCCCGGGAUCUGUGGGAGCGGAUAAAGCUGCCCAAGAACUAUGCAAAAGCGCUGGAGCUGAUCGACAAGCACAUGGUUCAUUGGCCCAAGUUCCUCGUUCACAAGAACAAGCAACGGCUGACCAAGAUGACGCAGUACCUCAUACGGCGGCGAAGAUUGGCGUUGAGGAUACAGCCGAAACUGGUCACUGUGCCGACGAAGCUGGAGAAGCGGGAGAAAGCAAGGGAAGCGAAAGCGGAGGUAGCGGCCAAGCUGGAUAGGGCUAUCGAGAAGGAACUCUUGGAGCGGUUGAAAGCGGGCACUUACGGCGACAUUCCGAACGUGCCGUGGCGCAACUACGAACGGGUUCUCGACAUGGAGGCGGAGAAGGGGGAGCUGCAAGACGAGGCCGAAGAGGAAGACGAGGAGGACCCGGAAGUAGAGUACGUGGAGGACUACGAAGGAGAGGACGAAGACGACCUAGAAGACUUUGACCAACUAGCAGAGGAAGAGUAUGAGGACGAAGAGGAGUAUGAAGAAGAGGAGGAGGCGGAGAGGCGUCGUUUGAACAUGACGUCAGCGAAGCGGGGCUUGACGUCAGCCAGCAAGCGUGGGGCGUUGGGGGCUGACGACUUAGAAGACGAGCCGCAGAAGAAGCCGAAGCGGCGAAAGGCCCACGUGGAGGUCGAGUACGAGGAGGAACGGGAGCAACCGUCCCUGGCCCAACUUGCUUUCUAGGAAACCGCCAGCGAGUUUUGGGUCCGCUGCUUUUCGGAAGCUGCAGUAGUAGAUCUUACUGAAGAAGACCAAUUGGACGCUGGAAGCCGUUAGGGAGAUAAAGAUUGACUACUCUAAAUCCUGGGUCUGUGCAUAUGAUUUCCGUUAAACCACAACACGGUUGGAC